AUGACCGAUCCGUUCAGCAUUGUAGCUGGCGUAGUCGGCAUCGUUGCCGCUACUGCCCAUGCUAUACACGCAGCCAUCGACUUGAUCGACAAGAUCGAAAGCGCACCGACAGCAGUCUGUCAGAUAAGAGCCGAGCUCAACGAUACCGAGUCCGUCGUCCGACACCUCGAGAAAAUCUUGGAUAGUAGCGGAAAGACUACAACUUGGACAAAGCUAUUGGGCGAGUCCAGACUAUCUCAAGCGUUGAAUACGCUGAAAAGUGUUUGUGAGAAUUUCACAUCUACACUAAGACAAUGGACUCGGCACUCGACAUCUGGCGACAAACUGUCUUUCCUCGACAACAUCAACGUUGUUUUGCACAGUACCAAGAUGUCUCAGCUGUCCGUACAGCUGGCAAGUUGCAAAGACACGGUGAUGUUGGCCUUGAACUGCUGUGCCNUUAAAGUUGUUGGUCGAUUUGAAGCGCUAACAGAUGGCAGACAAGGACAGGUCCAAAACGCACACAACACGGAACGUAUCGUCGAGCUGAUGACGCAAGAAAGAGAGGCUACCAGACUUCUUGCUGCUCAAAGAGCUGUGAUCGAGGGCCUGCGCCCAGAAGAAGAACGACUCCAGAUCGUCAAAGCGCAGUCGGAAGACACUGGCGAUAUCGAUGACAUCGAAAGAGUUGAAGACGAUAUCCGCGAUAUUUCUCGAGCACGCAUCGCCGUCAGUCAAUUUGCGACCGUAAGCGAAUACGUCGCAAAGUCAUCGAGAGCGGUCCGGGCCAAUCAAGAUAUCGGGAAUGUUGUCAUCGCAGAGCUGGGCUAUGGAACCGUCGGUAUAAGUAAUGUUGACGACAUUUCGGACGUGAAGCAGAAGAUUGGUGAUNGUGAGCGUCGGCAAAAGGGCACCGUAUUCGUCGGCAUUCACAACAACAUCGACCACAACGCUGCUCUGGCUAACCGCUGGGGCCCUGCGAGUUAG